ACGUGCGUCUCGGUUUAUGCGGUUUGGUGGGAUUGGUGGUCUGCUUCGCGGACUUGCCCGGGCAUGUUCGAGUGAGUGCCGGCCGGCGUUUGUCAGCUGCUCCGGCUGCUUCGCGUUGCUGAUGCAACGGCGCGAUGACUCACAUUCAGCAUUGGGGAGGCGAAUAUGGUCCACUAGAUGAAGAGGUUUUGGGGCUUUCCGCGCCCAGCGACGUUUGGCAGGAACUAAGCAAUGCUAUUUUCUGGGGUCCAAAUGUGUGCGAGGAGUUGCCCCACGAAGACACCGUUAUGCAACUGUUCGACGUUGCGCCGAGGACCACGGCUCCGAAUACAUCUAGCGUUAACCAAUGUGUAAAUGAAUGGUCCGGUGACUUCGGAUUCAGCGCCGUAAUCGCGAGUUCACCGAAAGCCGGAAAAAACGUUAACUGGACGUAUUCCGAGCGGCUUCGCAAGCUCUACGCUGUUGUGAACGCUCCGUGCCCCAUUAGGUUCGUCACCGAGCGCGCCCCGCCUGAAGGUUCGUUUGUCUGUGCUGUCGCGGUUUUUCGGGAGUCCGAGUCCCGGCGAGAAAAUGUAUUGCGGUGUCCGGCGCAUCGCACGCCAGCAAACGCACUCGGCGCCGGCUCCCGCGAAGAUCAGUGGUUCCACUGCGAUCACCCCCAGGCACAAAACUGCUGCGACGAAGCCAACGGCGGGCGUCACUGCGUUCGACUGCCGUUAGGACCGGAGCCUUUCAGCCUGACGUUUGGCUGUCGUAACAGCUGUCCGGGCGGAUUGCGACGGAGAGCCACUGAAGUAGUCUUUCUGCUGCAGUCACCCGAAGGCCAGGACUUGGCACGCAGCGUCGUACAGGUGGGGCAUGACGCGCAGCAUGUGCAUGUAUCGCAGGUGAAGGUUUGUGCCUGCCCAGGCCGCGAUCGAAGACACGAUGAGCAAGGCGAAGAACGUGAGCGCGCAGCGCUGGUGGCCCGCGCCGCCUUGCCGUCAACAAGCAUGCAUCGAGAUGCCGACUGUACCGACGGAUCCAGCUCUGACAGCGGAGGCGAAGGCCGUGGCGGUACUUUCUUACUACGUGUGAAAGAUCGAGACGUGUACAAGUUCUUAUACCAUGUUCACCAAUCUCUCGAGGGCACACAUGCAGCGACUACACCGAGCCUCAGGAUGCGGCAGACUCCAUCUUCAGAAUCAGAUGAUUAGCCAGACGAAUGGAUUGCGUCAUUGGACAGCCAUUACAUGUAUGCUAGAGACCUAGGUACAUGCAAUUGUGAGUCUCUGCACUAUGACUACCGAGUGACGCCUACACCCAAAGGAAACCACAUUUCUAAUGCAUUCAGACCCCAGUCGUGACAGAUAUAUUUUAAAUGACCGACCAGUAGAAAGACUCUCUGCUUGGCAUGUGCCAAGGUUAUUUUAUUUUUACCGUUUUAUUUAACCCAUUAUAUUUAGAACUACAUGAGACAGGUACUAUCAGCUAAAUAAAACAGUGGAACUUAAUUUCUUCCAAGAAACUUUUUUUUUUCACAGCAGUGAAAUGCAACUUGUGACUGAGUGGUGAACUGUGCAGUGGCGAGUGCAUGUGUGAAUGCCACAGUGUGCCACUAAGCUCUGGGUUGAGCAGCAAGACCUUAAUAAAGGUUGCUGUUUUUCAAGGGAAUGAUUAUAAUAUGUGAGGUUAUUUAAUCAGGUUGCCAUAAUUUUGUGCCAUCCAUUGAGGUGACUACUUGCACACUUGUUUGUCGCUUGUGUCCAGUUAUUGCAUUCCAUACAUUAGUACUCUAAAGAAAAUUUCUGAACUGAUGAUGCCUUCAAGUGUAAUAGCAAGUGCAAGUUUGAAGUCAGUCACCAAGUCUUACCCUAAAGGAGUAUCAUUUUUAAAGUAGUCCUUACCGAAUACAAUUUCAUGAAGUCACAUUCAUGCUAUGUCUUGAUCAGCUGUCACAGCUGCGGGAACACACCUGCAUCUGCAAGGGAGUGUUACAAUUCAUAGUAUGUUUAUAAGCAGGUGUGUAUAGAAUGAAUGUAAGUGUGUGUAUGUUGUGUGCCUGUGUGUUUGGUAUGUCAAUACCUUGGUUUUAAGAGCUGCGUUGCUCCGAGUAUGAAAUUCAAUAUUUGUAUUUGAAUGUGAACUUGAAUGUUUUAGUUUGAGCACAUAUUUGAACAUAGAGAACCAUGUAGUCUGAAGUGAGAGCCAUUUUUUACUAUAUCUGGGAAAAAAGUUAGGGCUGCAUGGAUUGUGCUAUUGGCACUCCAGUUUCCACCAGUGCCUUUGUUCCGACAUAUUUUGUAUGCCUAUUUUGGCUAGGACUGUAGUGCCUUAUUUAAAGAUGUUGCAGUGCCGCAAUUUUUUAUAUUUCAUAGUUUGAUGCAACCUUAUGCAUGACUACUGUUAUACAUGAAUUUUAUAUAUGCGUUGUCAUUGCCAUUUUACAAGUUAAAUAUCUGUGAUAGUGUGAUAACCUCAUGACAUUGUCAUCUUGGUGCAAUAUUGCACAUCAUUGAUUGAAAUGCUGUCUCAUGAGUGUGCUUAUUCUUUCUGUAUGUUAUUUGUACUUAAUCGACUUUUUUUCACAAUUUGGUACUUUAAUUCUCUUUUGUGAUGUGUGAUAAGUUAUUGUGACCAGUCUCACCA